AUGGAUUCAACCAAGUCCCCACUAGUCCACCUCAUCCCCUGGGACCCCGAAUCACCUUCCCACAUCGCUCUCAUGACAGCCCAACGGGUCGCCUGCGGCUGGAAAUCGGAAAAAGUAGAAAGCUGGAGAGAGGAACAACGAACAGGCGACAUGAAUCUCCAAUGGAUAGUUCCCACCACAACACCAGUCCUCCCUUCCACCUCCUCCUCCGCCUCCGCCUCCCUAACAGACACCGCCCCCACUUUUGGCGCCGCACCUCGCACUCCAACCCUCACCCCCUUCGUCCCCGCCGGUCACAUCGCCCUAACUCGCACCUACGAGACGCCCGGGCACAUGCCCCCGACCCCACACCUCUACUUCAUCAGCAACUUCUUCAUCAGCCCCGCGCAGCAAUCCUCGGGCCUGGGCCGCGCAGCCAUGGACCUGAUCGAGACGCUCGCCACCUCCCCGCCGCUGAACGCCCGAACUCUGGCCCUGAGCACGGCUGUGGACGAUGGCGAGGGCCGCGAGGAGAAGCUCGCCGCGUUUGGAAGGGAGGCGCCGCGGGUUAGCACGCAGAGGUGGUAUGAGAGGCGCGGGUACGUACCGUUUAAAAGGGUGAGGGAGAUGUGGUGGGAGACGGAUGGGAAGGGGAGGGAGUGGCCGACUGAGGCAGUGUUUAUGAGGAAGGAUAUUAAAUGA